CAAAUCGAUGUCCUUAGCCUUUUAAAUUCAGUCACUUUCUCCAUUUUCCUUCCCGUUCAAGCCACCCCGACCGCCGUGAAUCCUCCCAAAAUGACGAAAUUACCCUUGCGAAUCCCAAUCUUCCUCCUCCUCUCCAUCAUUUCCUCCACCACCGCCGAGAUCAAAACCCUAACCAUUACCUCCGACUCCCGCCCCAUGAUCCUCUUCGAGAAAUUCGGCUUCACGCACAAUGGAUUCGUAUCCGUCUCCGUGUCCUCCGUCGCCGUCACUUCCUCCGCCAAUGACCCCAACCCCGACGCUUCCCGCCUCGGCUUCUUCCUCAUGUCCGAAGAAGCUCUCCUCCAAGUCCUCCUCGAGAUUCAACAAAAUUCUCACUUCUGCGUCCUCGAUUCUCGCUACAUCCAGCACCUGUUCACCUUCGCCGAUCUCUCCCCACCUCCGCUCUCGCGUUUCAACCGCACUUACCCCGUUUCUUCCCCCAACGAAUACUCCCUCUUUUUCUCCAAUUGCGCCCCCCAAACCCGCAUUUCGAUGAACGUCCGCACCGAAAUCUACAACCUCGACCGCAACGGUUCGAAAGAUUACCUCUCCGCGGGUCUAACCCACCUCCCUUCCCUUUACACCGUCUUCUCGAUCUUCUACUUGGUCUUCUUGGGGUAUUGGAUCUACGUUUGUUAUACCAAUAAGCGAUCCGUACACCGGAUCCAUUUAUUGAUGUUCGGAUUGCUUUUAUUCAAAGCAUUGAAUCUGAUAUGCGCCGCCGAAGAUAAGCAUUUCGUUAAGGUCACCGGAACUCCUCACGGUUGGGAUGUUUUGUUCUAUAUUUUUCAAUUUAUCCGCGUCGUUUUACUUUUCACCGUCAUCAUUUUGAUCGGCACCGGUUGGUCGUUUUUGAAACCAUUUUUACAAGAAAGGGAGAAGAAGGUUUUGAUGAUCGUGAUUCCGCUCCAAGUUUUUGCAAAUAUUGCUUCGGUUGUGAUCGGAGAAACCGGGCCAUUCAUUAAAGAUUGGGUGACAUGGAAUCAGCUGUUUCUGCUGGUUGAUAUCAUCUGCUGCUGCGCCAUUAUCUUCCCGAUUGUUUGGUCGAUUCGAUCAUUGAGGGAAACCUCGAAAACCGAUGGCAAGGCUGCCAGGAAUUUGGCGAAGUUGACACUGUUUAGGCAGUUUUACAUUGUGGUGAUCGGGUAUUUGUAUUUCACAAGAAUUGUGGUGUUUGCUUUGAGGACGAUCGCCGCUUACAAGUAUCAAUGGGUUAGUAAUGCGGCGGAGGAGACAGCUAGUUUUGCAUUUUAUUUGGUUAUGUUUUACAUGUUUAGGCCGGUGGAGAAAAAUGAAUACUUUAUUCUUGACGAUGAAGAUGAAGAGGCUGCUGAAAUUGCUCUCAGAGAUGAAGAAUUCGAGCUCUGAAAUACAGGGGCUGCUGGAACGAGAAUUCACACGAGGGUAUGGGAUUAGUUCGAGGUUGGUUCUUAGUGAAUUUUACGGAUACAAAGCUGCUGCUCUUCUCUUGUUCUUAGUAUGUUUAACUUGUUGCUGAAAUUUGAAUAUGUUUUGAUUGUUAUUAUAUUUCUACCUCCUGUUCUUAUUAUGUUUAACUUGUGACUGAAAUCUGUAUUUCUUACUGCUUAAUGAGUUUCUCUUAGCUGGUUGAAAUUUAAAAACAAGCGUUCAAGUUU